UUGGAUCUCAGAAUGUUCUCGAAGUUUCUCAUAGCCUCGUUCAUAUAUAUAUAAGAAUAGUUGACCCGCCAUUGUAUCGAUUCAUUUUGUCAUCAGUGCUAAAGAUAGUAAGAAUAACUUCAAGUUUUGUCUGCAAUAUAUAAAAAUUUAAGAUGGCUAAAGCACCAGCAGUUGGUAUAGAUUUGGGUACUACGUACUCCUGCGUGGGUGUUUUCCAACACGGAAAAGUAGAAAUUAUUGCAAAUGACCAAGGAAACAGGACUACUCCUUCAUAUGUCGCGUUUACCGAUACAGAGCGUCUCAUCGGAGACGCCGCCAAGAAUCAAGUGGCCAUGAACCCCAAUAACACAAUUUUUGAUGCCAAACGUCUUAUUGGGCGUAAAUUCGAGGACCAAACAGUCCAAGCUGAUAUGAAACAUUGGCCCUUCGAGGUUGUCAGCGAUGGAGGUAAACCAAAAAUUAGAGUAUCGUACAAAGGAGAAUCCAAAACCUUCUUCCCUGAAGAAGUCAGUUCCAUGGUGUUGACUAAAAUGAAGGAAACCGCUGAAGCUUACUUAGGCAAAACUGUGACCAAUGCUGUCGUUACUGUACCUGCCUACUUCAAUGACUCACAACGUCAAGCCACCAAGGAUUCGGGAACUAUCUCCGGUCUAAAUGUGUUGAGGAUAAUCAAUGAGCCCACUGCUGCUGCUAUUGCUUAUGGUUUAGACAAGAAGGGUGUAGGCGAAAGAAAUGUCCUUAUUUUUGAUUUGGGUGGUGGUACUUUUGAUGUGUCCAUCUUAACCAUUGAAGAUGGUAUUUUUGAAGUCAAAUCUACUGCUGGUGAUACUCACUUGGGUGGUGAAGAUUUUGAUAACCGCAUGGUUAACCACUUCGUACAAGAAUUCAAACGCAAAUACAAGAAAGAUCUUACCUCCAACAAGCGUGCUCUCCGUCGUUUGAGGACAUCUUGUGAAAGAGCCAAGAGAACUUUGUCUUCUUCAACCCAAGCUACCAUUGAAAUUGAUUCUUUGUUCGAGGGUAUUGAUUUCUAUACAUCAAUCACUCGUGCCCGAUUUGAAGAAUUGAAUGCCGAUUUAUUCAGAUCAACCAUGGAGCCUGUUGAGAAGUCUUUGAGAGAUGCUAAGAUGGACAAAUCUAAUGUACAUGAUAUUGUAUUGGUUGGUGGAUCAACUCGCAUUCCUAAAGUACAGAAAUUGCUACAAGAUUUCUUCAAUGGCAAGGAAUUGAACAAAUCCAUCAACCCUGAUGAAGCCGUUGCUUAUGGUGCUGCUGUACAGGCAGCUAUUUUGCACGGAGACAAGUCUGAAGAAGUACAAGAUUUAUUACUUUUGGAUGUCACACCUUUGUCAUUGGGUAUUGAAACUGCCGGUGGUGUUAUGACUGCUUUGAUCAAGCGUAACACUACAAUUCCAACAAAACAAACUCAAACCUUCACUACCUACUCUGAUAACCAACCAGGUGUAUUGAUUCAAGUAUUUGAAGGUGAAAGAGCUAUGACAAAGGACAAUAAUAUCUUAGGAAAAUUCGAGUUGACUGGCAUUCCACCUGCACCUCGUGGUGUCCCACAAAUUGAGGUAACUUUCGAUAUUGAUGCUAACGGUAUUCUUAAUGUCACAGCAAUUGAAAAAUCAACCAACAAGGAAAAUAAAAUCACCAUUACAAAUGACAAAGGUCGUCUUAGCAAGGAAGACAUUGAAAGGAUGGUUAACGAUGCUGAGAAAUACAGAAAUGAAGAUGAGAAACAAAAGUCUACAAUUGCUGCUAAGAACUCGUUAGAAUCUUACUGCUUCAACAUGAAAUCCACCAUGGAAGAUGAAAAAUUGAAGGAUAAACUUGCCGAAACCGAUAAGACUGUAAUUAUGGACAAAUGCAAUGAUGUUAUUAAAUGGUUGGAUGCUAACCAAUUGGCUGACAAGGAAGAAUACGAACACAAACAAAAAGAAUUAGAAGCAGUCUGCAAUCCAAUUAUCACAAAAUUGUACCAAGGCUCAGGUGGUAUGCCAGGAGGAAUGCCCGGAGGUAUGCCAGGAUUCCCAGGAGCCGGCGGUGCAGCACCUGGUGGAGCACCUGGAGCAGGAGGGGCUGGACCCACAAUUGAAGAAGUAGAUUAAAUUUGCCUUUAAGUUCAUCACUAUUUCAUUCCUUACAUUUAAGCAGUAUUAGAACUGUUUAUUGCAGACAAUUCUUUAAUUUAAUUCAUUUUGUAUCAUCAAUGCAUUCACCAAAGAUCUAUUCAUUUUCUCAUGGGCAUAUAACCUAUCUUGUAAAAUAUUUAUGCUAAUAUAUCACUUAGUUUUGACAAUGUA